UAAAGUGGGUUGUGUCAGCCCUGUAAAUCCCUGGGUGUGGAUAAAGACUAAGAGAAACACAUUAGAAAAUGGGCUGACAAUCAGAACACCACAGAAACAUUCCCUCAAAGUCGAUGAUGGUGGUCAAAAUCUUGGACAUCUUCGGAGAGCAGAUGUUUUGGUGAUUUAAGGAUUGUGCUGCUCUACCUACUGUCCCGUGAGUCACAGCCAGCUGCACUCUAACUAACUGUACGCUUUUCAUUUUAAUUAGGAUUUUUUAUUAAAAGAGCCCAAGAGAAAAUUUGCAUUUACUCCAGAGACCAAAGCCUGUUUCUAUAAAUCAAUAGGGAUGUCUCAGUCCAGAGGCCUCUGCAUGGAUCAAGGGCACUCUGCAUGGUUUCCAAGGCCAAGAUCCUGGUUACAAAGACCAAUAUCCUGUUUCCAGAGGCGAUCCCUCAGAGUGUCAGCAGACCCCACCUCUUCAGAUAAUGUCUACACAUGUUGCCUUUACGCCCAGGGCUUCCGCUGCACUCUGCAGCAGAGGCCCAGCUGCAGCAGUGCCAAGUUGACUCCCAAAAGCAAUGCCAGAGGAGCGGGAGGGAGGCCAGUGAGCAGUGCUCUGGGUAGAGUGGAGAACAGCCCAGGGAGGGGGACCAGAGCCAUGAGCAGACCAGUUACUGCACCCAGGGGAGGAGGAAGGCGCAGAGACCCGGGCCAGAGACCUGGAGCUCAAAUCAGGGACAGGACAGAAUGUCCCAGACUGCCCUGCAACACCAAACAGGACAACACACAUAGACAGCAGCAGGACACAUGGAGGGGGAGGAGGCCUUUCUCAACAUCAUCCACACUUCAUCUUUAUCUGCCCCCAUACUAUGAGGAUGACGAGCAGGAGACGGAUAUAGAGCUAGAGAAGGAGGAUGUGAGGCCAACAAUAGAAAACAACGGCCUACAAGACACCACAGAAAUGAUCAGAUCACCGACUCCUUCAGAAAAUGUCACAAUGCUGAACCCUACCAAUAAUACCAGUCUACAACAGGCUCAUAAAGAAAUCGUCCAAAUACAGGAGGCCCCUCCAUCAAACCCCAGUCUACAGGGCCCCUCAGAGGACAUCAUCAGGCCACAGGUCCCUACAGAAGACAUCAACUCAAUGGAGCCCACUGACAAUCCCAGGUUUCAGGGGAUAACACAUUACAGAACAACUGGCCUUGUGGUCCCAAAUCAGAGAGUUCAUGGAUAUGACAUGGAACAGCAACAGGAAUGCAUCCCUCUCCAGAUAAUGCCGGCAGCUGUUCAAGGGAGGGCCCCUACAUCUGUUAGGCAGCAUGUGAACAGACUCCCCAAGAUAAAAACCACCAAGACCUUUGUGUGGGGCCUUUCUGGACCCCAGGAGAUUAAGAGUGUGUUUGUUCUGCAGAGGCAUAUUGGCAGAUACACAAAUCAGACAUGAGAACAUUCAUACUGCCAUUCACAUUGAAUCCCAUGUCAAUCCAUAUCUUGGGUUUGUUGGGAUAUCUUACCUGCCAGUGAGACCCGAUUCAUAUCCAAACAUAAGAAAUAGUCAGCUGAAAGGUUAGACCUUACAGGGGGAGCUGUGAUUGUAAAAACACAAUCUCACAUAACCUGAUCCAAGGAAAUACCAGAGGCAAAGAUGAUAUUGCGAUCUUACUUCCAGUUCAGAAAAGGCAAAUAUGUCUGUUGGUCUCUUUGGGUGAAAGAGAAUGUGGUUUCCUAAUGAAAAAGCAUGUAAACAUGCAUGUAUAUUACACAUUUAGCUCUGGGCUAAAAAUACCUCAUAUGAGAUAUCAACGUACACAGAUAGGCUUUGUGUUCAUGUCAAGACUGUGUUCUUCAAUUGUCCAGAUCAUUUUAGACAUAAUAGCAAUAACAUUACACUAAUGGUGCAAUGAAUACAGAACUGAAACGAGAGACAUAAGAAAAUACAAAUGCAUGCCAUGGAAAACAGCAAGUGGAUGGGGAAUUACAUUGUAUUGUGUUCAGUCCAACUGUUUAUGUGUGCAAUGGUCUGCUGCUGAGACAUUUUCCAGUCAUAAGCAGAGCAGUGGAGAAUUCUAGAUAGACUACUGCCUGAGUGAUGCCUAUCCCCAGGACCCUAUACUUCAGCUUUCCUUUAGUCCCAUUACUUUAUCAAAUCAAACCCUUUCUGACCAACUCAUUUGGCUACAUGACCAAAAAACAAAUGUUAAACUGGCACCCAAUAACAUUACCUUACUUCAGUUAAUACCUUACAGUAGGUUAUGAGAUAUUUUGUAAUCAUUCUGCAUUGUUGGGAAGGGCCUGUAAGUAAGCAUUUCAGUGUUAGUCUACACCGGUUGUUUACCAAGCAUAUGACAAAUAAACAUUUGAUUUUGAUA